UCAUAGCUCUGACUUCUACACUCUGCAGUUGUUUCUGGAAAGCUCAAAUCCUUGAUCAGGAAGAAAAUGUACAGCCAAGUUGAGCACCCAGCUGGUGGAUAUGAAAAGCUCUUUGAGACUGUGGAGGAAUUAUCUUCACCUGUCGCGUGUCAUGUCACAGGUAGGGUUCCCACCUGGCUCAAAGGAAGUCUACUGAGAUGUGGACCUGGUUUAUUUGAAGUUGGUUCGGAACCAUUUUAUCAUUUGUUUGAUGGCCAAGCACUUCUUCAUAAGUUUGACUUUACAGAGGGGGAUGUCACAUACUAUCGGAGGUUUGUUCGGAGCGAUUCUUAUGUAAGAGCAAUGACUGAGAAAAGAAUUGUGAUAACAGAGUUUGGCACCUGUGCUUACCCUGAUCCAUGCAAGAAUAUAUUUUCCAGGUUUUUUUCAUACUUUAGAGGUGUGGAGGUCACUGAUAAUGCUUUAGUUAACAUUUACCCUGUGGGAGAAGAUUACUAUGCCUGCACAGAAACCAACUUCAUAACCAAGAUUAACCCCAAGACUUUGGAGACCAUGAAGAAGGUGGAUCUCUGUAAAUAUGUUUCAAUCAAUGGAUUGACUGCUCAUCCCCAUAUUGAAAAGGAUGGCACAGUUUACAACAUUGGAAAUUGCUUUGGAAAAAAUUUUUCAAUUGCCUAUAAUAUUGUACGGAUGCCUCCACUGCAAGCAGAUAAGGAAGAUCCAAUUAAGAAGUCUGAGGUGGUUGUGCAGUUUCCUUGCAGCGACAGAUUUAAGCCCUCCUAUGUUCACAGCUUUGGAAUGACUGCAAAUUACAUAGUAUUUGUGGAAACACCAGUGAAAAUUAACCUGAUCAAGUUCCUCUCUUCCUGGAGCCUUUGGGGAGCCAACUACAUGGACUGCUUUGAGUCCAAUGAAACCAUGGGGGUCUGGAUUCAUGUAGCAGAUAAAAUUAAAGGAAAGUACCUCAAUAUCAGAUACAGGACCUCAGCCUUUAACCUCUUUCAUCACAUUAACACAUAUGAGGACAAUGGAUUUCUUGUUGUGGAUCUCUGCACCUGGAAGGGGUUUGAGUUUGUUUACAAUUAUCUGUAUUUAGCCAAUUUACGUGGGAACUGGGAAGAAGUGAAGAAAAAGGCUGAAAAAGCUCCUCAGCCUGAAGCUCGAAGAUAUGUCCUUCCUCUAAGCUUUGACAAGGUUGACACCGGUAAGAAUUUAGUCACCUUGCCCUACACGACGGCCACAGCAACUCUGCACAGUGAUGAAACCAUCUGGUUGGAACCAGAAAUUCUUUUCGCAGGGCCUCGCCAAGCCUUCGAGUUUCCACAAAUCAAUUACCAGAAAUAUAGUGGGAAACCCUAUACAUAUGCAUAUGGCCUUGGACUGAACCACUUUGUUCCAGACAGGCUUUGUAAGCUGAAUAUUAAAACCAGAGAAACAUGGGUAUGGCAGGAACCAGAUUCAUACCCAUCAGAACCUAUCUUUGUUUCGCAGCCAGGUGCCUUAGAAGAGGAUGAUGGAGUGAUUCUGAGUGUGGUCAUUAGCCCCUGCGUGGGACCCAAGCCCGCCUACCUACUGGUACUGAAUGCAAAGGAUAUGAGUGAAAUGGCCAGGGCUGAAGUGGAGAUGAACAUUUCUGUUACCUUCCAUGGGAUGUUCAAAACAGCAUGACAGCUAUCACAAAUGCCUUUAUCAUAAUUUACAUUUUUAUCUUCAAAAAGGCAGUUUCUCCUUACAAACCUCAAAUACUAUUUUCCUUUAAUGCCGGGCUUUGAUUUGUAAAAUUUGCUUAUUAAGAAAUCACUUUUCUGCAUAUUUACUUAUGAUAUUUGCACAGACUUUUCCAGCUUUACACUUGGCAACAUUUUAAAAAGCGCAGCAGCAAUCAUUUGAAAAUUUAAAACAACAAAGAAGGGCUUUUAUAGAAUUAAACUUUGCGGCAGGGAACAGAAGGAAAGAUACCUGAAAGAGCACCAUUAGAACUCAAUAUAUAUUGCAGAUACAAUAAACAUCCAUGAAAUAA